AUGAGCGAAGCUACAAAAGAGCUGCCCUCGGACUCUACCGGGCUCCCAGGAGAGCCUCGCACGACCAAGAGCCGUAUCCUCGAGGGUGGCGCCGCGAUGGCACAGGAUUUCACACCUGUCAAGCAGAUAUGCGCGCACUUGCACGCCUUUCACGUCUACGCCGACGAUCCAACCAGAUGCGUCGAGGCCAAUCACUAUUGUACUCAUCUGAACGAAGAUGUCCGACAGUGUCUCAUUUAUGAUUCACCGGAUGCCAAGGCACGACUCAUCGGUGUCGAGUAUAUGGUCUCGCCUCGUGUUUUCAAGACCCUCCCCGCCGAAGAGCGCAAGUUGUGGCAUACCCAUGAAUUCGAGGUCAAGAGCGGGCUCCUCAUCAUGCCUACGCCACAUGGGGUACCCAACGCAGCGUGGGAAGCUGCCGAGACUGCCGAGAUGGAGGAUGUCGCGCCCAUUUAUGGAAAGACGUACCACAUGUGGCAGGUUGAUCGGGGCGAUCCGGUACCCAUGGGACCACCGCAAUUGAUGGGCAGCUUCACGUCUGUGGAGACGGUCGAGAAGGCGCACCCAGCUGGAAUGGAAAGUUUGCUUCAAGACCGCGACAAGAGAUUCGGAGUGGACUCGCGAGAAAAGGCACGCAAACGGGAGGGGAUUCCGCCUGUGGAGAAGCAUCCUGAUGCCGAUUCUUUUUGGGAUCAGCACAAACAGUCCAAAUGA